CACAAAGAUGGCGAUUGUGUGAUUGAUUUUUUUCCCUCUAUUAUAUAUUUCAUAGACAAAAAUACAGACCGUCGCCUUGUUAUUAUUACCAAAGAUCAAUGAAAAAUUGUUAUAAAUAAUUAAUUUUUACCUUGGUUUUUUUUUCAACAAAAAAAAAAUUCUCAUCAAGUGUCUUUUUUCGUUUUUAAAAUUAAAAUGUAAUUUAUAAGUGGAAGAGAAAAACAAAAAAAAAAAAAAAACAUUAAUGACGGCACAACCAACACCCGGGAUAACAAGAAGUGACAUUAUCCCUGCUGAUUCUCUUUUAAAGCGGGGGGUAAAGGGGGAUAUUAAAAAUUAUUGAAAAAAAAUAACAGAGAUUUUUAAAAUUUCCAGUUUCGAUAAUUGGAAAAUAAGGACAAUUUUUUUGUAUCAUGAGUGAAAAAAAGGAUCACAAGUGUGUUUUAUGCAGUGCAAAAUUAGACUCAAAGGAAGCACUUCAGGAGCAUUUCAGAAAACAUGCGAAUAAAGAAAUUGAUCAUCGUGGAAAGCCAACGUCCGCUGAGCCAAAUGCCGAUGCAAAAUGUGAUCUUUGUGGAAAAACAUUUGAAACUGUAACGUCAACAAUAAGACACAGAUUCAAAAUGCAUCCAAAUGCGCCGGAAAAAUUUUACUGUCCCUAUUGUGGAAUGCAAUUUCCCAUUAAGAAUUUACGUGACAGUCAUUUGAGUUCACAUGAAUCGGAAGAAAUUGACGAGGGCCAAUACAAAAAAUGCAAUGACUGCGAUGAAUUAUUUUUCAAUCCAAAAGCAUUGCAGUAUCAUUAUAGUUCAGUUCAUAAAAGAAUAAUCAACAUGUUUCAACCAGUGGCAACUCCUCCACCUAGUAAUAAAAUAAAAUUGAAUUCCAUGAAUGAAGCAAUGAGCGUUUAUUAUUGUCACUUGUGUGGUGCCGAGUAUAUGAUAAAAUUCAAUUUACAACAACAUUUGGAAAAAAAUCACACGCAGGAAGAAAGAGAAGCGGUUCCAGAGAAUUUAAUAAAAUGCACAAUGUGCGCUGCAUUAUUCUGUAGUAAAAAGGCUUAUGAUGUUCACAAUACGUAUCAUCAGCCUGAUGAUUUAUACGUUACAUCAGAGGAGCAAAGAUUACAAACAAUUGCAAAAGUUGAUCAGGACUUUGAUAUAAGACGGGUUGAACCUGUUGCCGAGAAAUAUCUUCCAAAAGUCAAUUCAUCCAAAGGAACAAAGCGACCUGCUGUUAAAUGGCCAAAGACAAAAAAAUCACAAAAACUGAUAAAAAAGGGAACGAAGAAAAAAGAAUUUCUGCCUAUUGAUGAGGAAUCAUUUUCAGAGUCGAGUAUUUCUGAAAGUGAAAAUUUAGAUUAAAUAUUUACAUUCAUUGAGUGAAUGUAGUCAAAAUAAGGAUAAAUAUAAUAAUAAUACUUAUAAAAAAUAAUAAUAGUGAAUAUUAUUAUUUAAUUGAAAGUAGACUCGAAAUAAGUCUAGAAAAAAAUGGACGAAAUCUUAAUUGAAAAAAGGAUGGAAAAUUUCAUAAGUUAUAUAAAAAUUCUUAUUGUAAAAAAA